UCCAGGGCCAGAUUCCACAUGGGCAGCGGGUUGUUGUUCCGGAACAUCUGUGCUAUAAUUGGGACAUUCUGUAGGGCCUGUCUUCUCGGGAUUUUUCUCCAUGUCAACGUCUAGAGACCAGCACCUGUGCCUGGGCUUCUCUUGGCUGUCACCGCACUUCUCCGAGUAAUGCAACCUUGAGCAGCGUUCUAGCUUUUAGGAUGCUUUGCAAUACUCUCCUCCCCCACUAUUAUAAUAAUGAAAGUAAGUUUUAUUCUGGGCCACCGCGCUGCUGCUUUCCCAGAAUCUUUCAAUUGUAUCUCAGAGAAGCUACCGCCUUUCAAUAUUAAUCUCGGUGUGAUCAUAACAUGGGGAGUUCCGGGUUGACAGAACAAAUAUCAGGAGGAUCCUAUCUUAAUUCGUCCCUUUAAAGGCCAUAAAGCUGCAGUCACAGGCGUUGACUUCAGCCCGAGCACCACGGCACUUGCCUCAUCUUCUUUGGAUAGGUUUCUUAUGAUAUGGAAUUUGAGGCCACAGUCCAGAGCUUUCAGAUUUGUGGGUCAUGUGGAAGCUGUGACCAGUGUACAGUUUUCACCAGAUGGACACCUCAUGGCAUCUGCUUCUCAGGAUCGGACUGUUAGACUAUGGAUUCCCUGUAUUCAUGGAGAAUCUUCAGCCCUGAAAGCGCAUACUGCACCUGUCCGUAGUGUGAACUUCUCACAUGAUGGCCAGUUCCUAGUUACAGCGUCCAAUGACAAAUCAGUAAAAGUAUGGAGUGUUCACCAUCAGCGCCUUUUGCUUUCCUUAUCCCAGCACACACACUGGGUUCGCUGUGCCAAAUUUUCACCUGAUGGAAGAUUGAUAGCAUCUUGCAGUGAGGAUAAAACUGUUAAAAUCUGGGAUGCAGCAAAUAAAGUAUGCAUUGAUAGCUUUACAGACUAUAAAGGGUUUGCAAACUAUGUUGAUUUCAAUCCAAGUGGUACAUGUGUAGUUUCUGCAGGUUCUAAUCAUACAGUGAAGCUCUGGGAUAUUCGAAUGAACAAGUUACUGCAGCAUUACCAAGUUCACAGAGCAGGAGUUAAUUGUGUAUCAUUCCAUCCUUCUGGUAACUAUAUCAUCACUGCCUCUACUGAUGGUACCCUUAAAAUUAUGGAUCUCUUAGAAGGAAGACUUAUAUAUACGCUUCAUGGACACAAGGGACCUGUGCUUUCUGUGGCCUUUUCCAAAGGUGGGGAAAAAUUUGCAUCAGGUGGAGCUGAUGCACAGGUAUUACUGUGGAAGACCAAUUUUGAUACAUUUAACUACAAGGAAGUUCUUAAACACCAUAUUAGAAGAAUACAUACUGAUGACCCACCUCACCUUCUUGAUAUUUAUCCAAGAUCACCUCAUUCCCAUGAUGGGAAAUCUCAAUCAAUUGAAAUAGAUCCUAGCUUCGAUGUGACAGAUACACAAACGCUUGACCCACCUGUCAUAGAUAUUAGUUCCUCCAUGUAUUUCAGUUCUCCGUCAAGGACAACUGGCUCUUCAAAUGGAGUUUCCACAUUCAAAGAUGAUGUGAGCAGUGAAGAUCUGCGGUAUCGUCCUGCUUUGUUCUCACCAACAAGCUCAAGAAGGAGGCUGGAAGACAAGGUUGAACCAGCUGUGUGUACCGUGGACAAGCGCAUAGACAUCUCGCCAGCUCUGGGUAAUGCUUUAGAGCACAUUGUGGAGCAGCUGGAUGUUUUGACUUUAACUAUUUCAAUCCUGGAGCAGCGACUGACUUUGACCGAAGAUAAACUGAAAGAAUGCUUAGAAAAUCAACACAAAAUGUUACUUCAAGCCAGGCAAGGAGAAUAAAAAGUACAAAUGUAGUUGAUCUGUACUGAUGAAUAUGUUUCAUACAUUCUCAGGGAACUAAUAAAUGAUGUCUUAUUUAGUCUCA